GCUCACCGCCCGCCUGCUUCCCGCCGGCCGCGCCGCGGCGAGUGGCCACGCCCCCCGCGCUGGGCGGCGCAGGCGCUGCCGGGAGCUGUGGUCCGUGUGGGCGGGCGCGCGCGCCGCGGCCGUUGGCCAUGGCCUCGGUGCGGGGCGCCGGGACGCGGGGCUGCCCCACGCUCCUGCUCGCCAGCGCCCGCAGCAUCCCGGUGCUGGGGCUCGGUACUUCCCAUCGAGGUGGCUAUUCCCAUGAUGCUGUGGUCCAUGCAUUGCAAAACUGUGGCAUUCGUCAUAUUGACACAGCAAAAAGAUACGGCUGUGAAGCUCUCCUCAAGAAAGCUAUUGCAGAGAGUGGCGUGAAGCGAGAGGACCUCUGGCUAACUACCAAACUGUGGCAUGGUGAUUAUGGUUAUGAGAACACAAAAAAAGCCUGCUUGGAGUCAUGUGAAAGACUUGGCGUUGAAUAUCUUGAUCUUUAUUUAAUGCACUGGCCUGACACACAUGUUCCAGGCAAAAGCAAUCGAGAGGUCCGAGCUGAAACCUGGAGAGCCAUGGAGGAGCUUUAUGAGCAAGGUUUGUGCAGAUCAGUUGGUGUAAGCAACUUUCUUAUCAGUCAUCUGGAACAACUAAAAGAAGACUGUGUGAUUACCCCACAUGUUAAUCAGGUUGAAUACCACCCUUUCCAAAGACCUCAGGAGCUUGUCAAUUACUGUAAGAGCAGAGAGAUUGUUUUUGAAGGCUACUGUCCUUUAGCCAAAGGGCAAGCGCUCACUCAUCCUAGCAUCAUUCGGCUGGCAAAGAAAUAUGGCAGGACUCCAGCACAGAUCUGUAUCCGGUGGAGUUUACAGAAUGGGAUUGUCACUAUUCCAAAGUCCACAAAAGCAGAAAGGAUACAGGAAAACUGCAGGGUGUUUGAUUUUACAAUAGCAGAAGGUGAUGUUGAGAUUCUGAAUGGAAUGCACGAUGGAAGACAUGUUUCCUGGGACCCAAGCCUCAUUCUGUGAAGGAAGGUUGGAGCUUCUGCCUCUGUCAGUGAUCACAAUGAGAGUGCUGGGAAGCUCUGCAGGGCACUUCUGGUGCUUUCUUGGUGAGAAGA